AAGGAAGAGGAGGAGGAAUCAGAAACAAGCAUCCGAUUCCGAUCGAGAAAUACACAAGAAUAUAAUUAAAAAUAGGGUUUUGAAUUGACGCCCAAAAAUAAAAAAAAUCAAUCGGGAGGCGAAGAAAAUGGAAGGAUGGGAUCCGAACACGAAGUCGACGUUAACGCGGAUACCGCUUCUGACGACCAAGGCGGGUCCAAGAGACGGCGCGGCAUGGACACAGAGGCUGAAAGAGGAGUACAAGUCUCUGAUUGCGUAUACCCAAAUGAACAAGUCCAACGACAAUGACUGGUUCCGUAUCUCUGCUUCCAAUCCUGAAGGUACCCGUUGGACUGGCAAGUGUUGGUAUGUUCACAACCUUCUCAAAUACGAAUUCGAUCUCCAGUUCGAUAUUCCUAUUACCUACCCAGCCACUGCUCCUGAGCUUGAGCUGCCCGAAAUUGACGGCAAGACCCAGAAGAUGUAUCGAGGUGGGAAGAUAUGUCUGACUGUGCAUUUCAAGCCGCUCUGGGCCAAAAACUGUCCUCGGUUUGGUAUAGCGCAUGCACUUUGUUUGGGACUUGCUCCAUGGCUUGCUGCAGAGAUUCCAAUUCUUGUGGACUCCGGCAUGAUUAAGCACAAAGAUGACGCAGCCUCAUCUGCAGAAUCUUAAUCUAUGUAACCUGUCUUUUCGAUCUCAAGAAUGUUGAGGUGUUGUUUAUCAGUUAUAGCUGAACUCAGAAAUGACUGAGGUGGAUGCGUCUGCGUCUGCCCUUUAAACACUUACAUGAAAACCGAAUAAAGAUUAAAGCUAUUGCAAUGUUUUUCGUUA